AAACGAGCGACCACCAUUUUACGUUGGUGUUCUCAUCGGCGCAGACAGUACGUUAACAAACUAAAAGAAGUUUUCAUUAAAAUAUUGUGCAAGAUUUUUAUAUUCCUCAACUUCAAAAUGUGUUGAUAAGGUAAUCACUAAGUGUUCAGUUACAUGGAUUUGAAUAAUUUUGUGAUUUCCAAAGGAGAAAUGUAAAACUGAUAAAUAACCUGUCGGUUUCGUGAAAAAACAACAUUUUGAAGAUGGAGGCAGCAGCAAAAUCGAAAGAGGUGGCUGACGAAUACAUAUCGUCGUUGGCCGAUCUUUCAGUCAAUAGCAAACCUCUAAUCACCAUGCUCACAAUGCUGGCUGAAGAAAGCAUAGAACAUGCUCCGGCGAUAGUCGGUGCUGUUGAAGCCCAUUUGCAAAAGGUGAGAAGUGACUGCAAGCUACCAGUUCUAUAUCUCAUCGACUCAAUCGUCAAAAAUGUCAAAGGAAAUUAUCUAGGCCUAUUCUCUCAUAAUAUUGUCAAUACAUUCUCUAACGUCUUUGAAGAGGUUGAUGAAGCAACAAGGGCGAGUAUGUUUAAAUUACGACAGACGUGGUACAAUGUUUUUCCAGCAAAAAAAUUGUAUUUAUUAGAUGUUAGAGUUAAUGCCGUUGAUCCAGCUUGGCCAAUUCGUCCAUUACCUGCGAGUAUAUCUGGCAGUUCGAUUCACGUCAAUCCUAGAUUUUUCUCAGUGCCGAGACAAAAUUCAAGUACUCCAAGUACUACGCCCAUUUCUUCGACAAAUUUACAAUCAAGCAACAAUACAUUAACAAGUGAAGCGGCAAUGAGGGAGCAACUUUUAAAGAAGGAGCGUGAACUUUUGGAAUUACAGAAGAAAAAAAUUGAACUUGAAUUACUUCAGGCAAAAGCUAGUUUGGAACAGCAGCAAAGACAGUUAUACAAACAAGUCGUCAAUAUGAAGACUGAUCAGACUGUGAUGCCAACACCUCCAGCUUCGUCAGCAGAGAGCAAUUUAUCAUCAGAAAAAUCUAAUUCACCUAGUCAAGCACCAAAUAAAUCUAAACAGUUCCCAACGGCAACAGCGACUCUUUUGAAAAAAGCUUCUGCAGCAAGUAACGGUCCGCGGAUAGCGCCAGCCAGUAGCAUCGCAGUGGCGUCUGCGAAGCCAGUCUCGCGAGAUCCGAGGCUGAAGGUUCCGCCGGUGGAGGCAGAUCAGCAGAACGUCCCUCAGGUGGAUCCCCGUCUUCGGCCGGGGAACAGCAGCGAGGCGGAAGUUUGCGGAGAGGAGAAGCCACAAGCACCGAUACCCACAGUCCUUUCGGAGCAACUCAAGCAGCAGAUGAUCUUGAAACAGGCCGUGACUAGCACUGACAAGAAACCUCCGUUGUCGCUCGACGACGACGACGACGACGACUCCAGUAUCUCAAAUUUAAUCGUUAGUAGUAACAAUAAUGCUAAUGCAAACCUCAACAAUAACAAUAAAAAUUCCAGUGGUAAUGCAAAUAAAGAUGCUGUCGUCUCGCAUCGAAAAAGCCAAAAAAAAGAACCCCGCUCGUCUAGUAAUAGUAAUAACUCAAUCGUUAGCAGUUUGAAAGUUAUUCAGAAUCAGUCGGUAAAUAAUAGUAGUAGUAGUAGUAGUUCUUGUUCGGCAUCGACAGCGAGUAUUCGAGGAGGCGAGUCAAAUUCCAAGUCGUCAAAGGACUCAAAAAGUCCCAGUAAACGUAGUUCAUUAACAUUGUCCGACAGUGCCUCGUCUUUUGCCUCUUCCAAAUCCUCGCACAGAAAAUUAGGUUCCAAAUCACGUUCAAAGCAGCCGCAUUCAUCGCCGAGUAAAAUUCAAAAAAUCGACAACAGAGAUCAAAGUCCAGUUAGGUCGAAAUCGCGCGAAAAAGAAAAUGAGGACAAUAGCUCCUCGUCCUCGCGAGCCUCACCCCAAUCCUCAUCCCAAUCAUCAUCCAAGAGUCGUAAGAAAACAUCGUCCAAAUCUCGUAAGCGUAGUCCGAGUCCUUAUCGAAUUCCGAGGCGCAAUGAUAUCAUCAAAUCCACGGGCAUUUUGAAUAAUUCCAUCGGCGGCCUCAACGAGGAGGAGCAGUCGUCAGGUUCGUUGAUAGUGUCGCCUCCGCAUCCGCCCACGUUCAAGGAGAUCAGACCCGCGGCCAGGCAGAGGAACUACAUGAGGCGCAACAAGGACGGAAGUCUAAGUCCAGAGCCAAGUGUCACCAGUCCGACGACGAGCAAUCAGCAGCAGCAGCAGCCUCUCUCUGAAUCGCUCCUGGACGCGUCGACCAAGGACGAGGAUCUCAGGGGUUCGCUUCUCAUACCCGUCGCCACGACCACUUCCAGUCUCGCCGAAAAGAAAGAAGAUUUAGAUCUCCGUGUAUUACCUCCUGUUAGUGCGAAUAAAAGACAAAGUUCCGAGCAUGAAGAACCGACUGUUACUAAAAAAAGCAAACUCGAAAAAUUCGACGCAUUGUUCGGUAAUGAAGACGUUGAUUUGCGAAUGUUGACUAAUCCAAAUGCGGGACGACCUCCGACACCACCGCCGCCAGUUAUUUCCGGUGAGGAAGGAAAAGACAGUUGGGCCAAAUUGAAAACCCCCUCGAAGAGCAAUGAUCGAGACAAAUCGGAGAAAACCUCCUCAGACGAGAAACGUGAUCGCGAUCGAGUGAGAGAUCCCCUUGGAAGACCGAGACUCUACAAUAAACUUCCCGAAGAUCCAAAAGAGAGGCGCCGACUCCUCAGUAAUGAGGAUCAAGACCCAAGGUUUACGCGACGCGGUCGUGACACGGACAAACACGAGCGAAAUUCCGACCGGAAUAUCGAAAUUAUUUUGAAACAAGCAGCGGAGCAGUUGAGUCAAGGAGCGAUAUCGAAGGCUGAUUAUAAUAAAUUGAUACAGGAAGUUCUGCACAUGACGGAGAUGCAAAAAUUAAAAGUCGCGCAGAGACAGGACAAGGAGGUUGGUUCGAUGGUUUGGGAGAAGGGAUCGUCAAUGGAUAUGAAGAAUAGAAUGGGAAACUUUCCGAUGAAGGACGGCGAUCAUCAUAGGAAGGAGUAUCCAAUGGGAAGGAACGAUGGACCAAGGUGGCAGCAACCUUGGCAACGUCCCCCUUGGGGUCAUCCACCAGGUCCGCCUUUCGGAGGCCAAAAUCACUUUAACCCCGAUUUUCGAAUUAAGGGCCCCUGGCAGAAUGCGAGGCACUUCGGACCGAUGCGUCCCGAUUUUAAUCAGUUUCACGGGAAUUUUAAUCCGAAUAUGGGUCCGCGAAUGGGGCCAGGAAUGAUGGGGCACAUGGGACCGAAUGGACCGAUUAUGCCUAAUAUGAUGGGACCGAUGGGUAUGGGGAACACACCGCUCCCGAUGCCGGGCAUGGGAUCGAUGAUGAUGAAUGGACCUUUGGGGAAAAUUAUGCAUCCUGUUCCUGCGAUAGCUCCGCCGGUUCAGAAUUCUUCGUCUCCCACGUCGACUCCGAAGUACGAGCAAGAAGAACCCGAGGGGGAAACUAACGGACCGGUGAAUAAGAAUUCUUCCUUCAACUGCGAGUUGCCUACGCCGGAUCAGAAACUCCUGGACGAAAUCUCUAACGACGUGAUGAGGUCCAUUAAGAUCGAUAACGUCGAGCGGGAGAUUAGAUACUAUGACCAAACCGCGGUCGUGUUUCUAAGUUGGGACGAUCCUAGGGAAAUCGGCUUCCAGGACGGAGUGCGAAGAGUCCUGAUCGACGGGAAGGAGACCAUCACCUGCGCCUUUAACGAACCGUACAAAGAAUUUCGGUACAAGGACAAAGUGCAUAGAAUAAAACUCGGCGGACCAACUCGGGAGUUGUACGUCGACGACCGUUGGUAUGAGUGCUACUUCGGUGGACCGCCGAUCUCAAUAAACCUCGAUGGAAAAAUAGUUAGUGUCAAACUAGAAGGACCGUCGCCGCAGGUGAAAAUCGGUACCUCAAAGAGAACUGAUCUAGUGGUAGGAAAAAUAAACCUCAUCAUCAACGCCAAGGACAUGGUUCCCCUCUUCCUAGACGCGAAACCCCAGAACAUAAAAAUCGAGGGCAAGUCCCACACACUAGAAUUCAUCGACUCUCUCAAGACCGCUCUACUCAAUGGCCAACCGUUCAAAGUCGAGUUCGGCGAUCUCCCCAAACCAAUAAUCGUCGGGGGCAAAAAGCAUUUCAUCAGAUUCUCCGUCCUGCCCAGAGGCGUUCGUGCAGGUCACGUGAAAAUUAACGGAAUGAGAGGAGAAGGACCAGUCGAAUCUCCGCCUUCUUCGCCGAAAGUCAGUCCGAACACGAGUCUCGAGACGCCGGCUUCGACAACAACUGUGCCACCAACCGCCGAACAGGAUUCCACGUCGCAAGAUGGCUCCGACUUCCCGUCGACGAAUCCGAAUCCGAAUUUACAACUGGAUAUGUUGUCCUCGGUCCUACCUUCGGCGAUGGCUCCGUCUUCGGGACUCUCCUACCAGGCGGAACCGGUGGAAAAUCCUCCUGCGCCGCAAGCGCCGGUUUUGAAUCUAAAUAUGGAUGAGUUGUUCCAGAGAUUGGUGGAAACGGGAAUUGUGGCGAAUCUUUCGGAACCGAAGAAACAGGAGGAGCCGGAGAAGGAGAAACCGGAAAUUAUACCGGUCUCGUUUGAUGACGAUAAAUCGUUGAAGGUGAAGCAACCGGCGGUCAUUGGUUUAUUGUACAAUGGAAUGCAGUGUAGCUCUUGUGGUUUGAGGUAUGCGACACCGGAACUCACAUCUAGGUACAGUCUUCAUUUGGAUUGGCAUUUUAGACAGAAUCGAAAAGGAAAGGACUCGCAGAGAAAGGCUCAUUCACGAACGUUUUAUUAUGAUCUUUGCGAUUGGACACAGUAUGAAGAAGUUGAGGAUCUUGAGGACAGAGCACAAAGUUGGUUCGAAACUGAGAAGCAGACAACGGAAGUUGAGAAUGCUGUUACAGAAGACGUACCUGAAGAAGCUGAUCAACCUAGUGUUCCGACUGGAUCAGCAACUGAACUUCGAUGCCACGUUUGUCACGACGAAUUUAAACAAUUUUAUAACGAAGAAAUGGAGGAAUGGCACAUUAAACCUGCAGUCGUCUUUGAUGGCAACAAUUUCCAUCCCUUCUGUCUGGAGGAUCAUAAAGAAAAGCUCCUUGUGCGAGCCAUAGAAAAAUCGGCAGAGGCACUUGAAGCCCUAGUUGCUUUGGAAGAGAAUAAAGAAUUAAGUACCGAAACAGAGGAGAAUAAUGUUGAAGGAAAAGAAGUUAAAGGCGAAGACGAUGUUGUCUUAGAAGAAAAAGAAGGAGAAAGCGAAAAAGAGAAAGAAACGGAAGAAACAGAAAAAGACGGCGAGGAAAAGAAGGAAGAAAUGAAAGAGGAUGUAGAAAUAGAAGAAAUCAAGACUGAUCAAUUAGAUGAAGUAAAAAGCACAAUGGAAGUCGACGACACGGGUGCAGAAUCUGAUCCUGAAAUUGAAGUUACCGAACCACCGCCAGCGCCUGCCAUCGAACAGAUUGAUCUUGAAGCAGAGGAGAACGAAGGCGAUAAAAGUGUUGAGAACGAAGAAGAACCUGUAAUCGAAAAGGAAAAAUUGGUAGAAAGUGACGCCACGAAAACCGAACGAGAGUCUUUCGAGAACAUCAAAAUUAAGGAGGAGCCUUUGGAUGAGCCCGUAAUUACGGAUGGUACGGAAUUCAAUUUUGCUAAUGUGGAAAUAAAGGAGGAGCCAAUUGAAGUUGAACCAGAAGCUGUGCCUGAAAUCAUCGAACCAACAGAAGUGGACACAACACAUGCAGCAGUGAAGUCAUCAAUCGAUGGUAAUGUCGAACUUGAUUCAGCGCCUGCCACAAUUCCAGCUGCACCAUCGAAAAUCAAAAUAAACAUCACAAAACCUUUAGCAACAAAUAAAGAACCAGAAGAACAAAAAGAGCAAAAAGAGAGUUCUGUUCCUGAAAUUUCAGAAGUUGAAAAUACCAGUCCUUUAACACCAGCAUCCAUAAAGCCUUAUAUCAAAUCCAGACAACUUCAAGUUUUUCCGCCGGUGGAAAAAGGUGAAGAAAUGUCUGGAUUGUGCACAAUCAUGUAAAAAAAAAUUCGAAACAAAAAAACGUAAGUAUUUGUUGUGAGAUUUAAGUAAAAUUUUCAACAUGACUUUAGAUAAAUUAAUUCACCAUCGAAUCAACUUGUAAUCUAUUAUCUCGCGGUAUUUUUUCUAUUAAAAAAAUCGUUUCCAAAAAUUAUCUUUAGGCUAAAUUUUGAAUUAUUUUUUAACGAAUAAUUUUUAGUUUUUGCUCUUGUUAAAGGAUAUUUUUUUAUUUCUCGAGUAUAUAAAAUAUUUGGAAAUUAUUAAAGAAAUUUAAUUUAAUUAAGUCCAGUGUCCUUAUGGUUGGUCGCAAGUUAAAAACUGUCGAUUUAUUUACUUGGAAAUUAAUUUACCGGAUUAAAAAUUGCAUUCUUAAUUAUUAAUUAAUUUUUACGAAAAUUAACGAAUUCUUUCGAUAUUCAGUGAAAGUUUUCAUUUCCUGGCCAAAGCAAAAAUACUUUAUGAACAAUUGCAUUUAACUAAACAUAUGGUUCUUUAAAUGGAAUUUUUACAAUUUCAAAUAAAAACUCUUUGUUUAAUAUUUUUUACUCGGUUAUUUGAUAAUUUGUUAUUUAUUAGUUAUAUUUACCAAAAAAUUCCAAAGAAGCCGAUUCUGUGCUUUCAUCUUUACUUUGACUUUCACUUUCAUUUUCAUCUUUCAUUUUGAAUAAAAAUCUUUCAAAGUGAAAGUGAAAUUAAAAGUCAAAGUAGAAAUUAAAUUACAUCAUCAAUAAAGUGUCCAUUAUUGCCCUAGGACAAUAACGAGUACUUUAUUGACCUAGGGUAAUAAUGGGCUGUUUAUUGACCGCAUUCAAUUUUUUUUUUGCAAUUUAUUUUUAAUGUUCUGGUUUUUAUCUUCAACUUCACUAACAAGGAAAACUAACUUCACUAAUUAGAAAUUUAUAUAAUUUACACAAAAUUUACAAAGUGUAGAAAUUACAUUUUUAAAGACCAUAUGUUUAGUUAAUAAAUGCAAUUGUUUAUAAACAAUCCGUUCGGGUUCAGCUUCGGCCGCGAGAGGUAUAAAUUAACUGAAAAGUAAAAGAAUUUACUUUUUGUAACAAUUACUAAAAAUUACAAGGAGAGAAAAUUAUAUUAAAUUUUGUAACAGUAUUUCAGAAUUUGGUGAAAAAAUGCGAAAUUUUGUUA